UUCUUUUAAAGUGGGGGAGGAAGAAAAGAGCACGUAAAAAUUAAAGAACGAAACAACAAACAAAGCUGUCCCCUGACAAGGCUCCGCACGGAGAAAAGCUGCCGCGGGGCCGCCACUGCGCCCACAUUCCUCCCGCGGAGGCCGGGGAGCCCACUGCGCAGGCGGCGCCUAUAGGCUUCCAAACGCUGGCGCAGGAACCGCACGCACCUGCCGAGCCUCCCCUCACACGCGCGCUCUCCCGCCUCGGCAAAACAAGCGAAGACCCCCGCAGUCAGAACUGGAGGAAAAAUGCUUUCGAUUUCUGUCCUCCCCAUCCCCACCCAUGCCUGCAUGGCUGUAAUAUCCGGCGGCUCUCCUGCUUCCAAAGGGAACAGUUUCCUGAGGAACCAGACGCUGGUGGAGCGCGCGAGGGGCGAGCGAGAGCAGCUGAGAACUUGUCCCCUGACCGCAGCGCCAGCGCCACGAACUGGAAUCUGAGCUAAAGCGAUGUGUGCAUGAUCAAUUAUCCAGGAGAUAUCCUUGAAGGAAGGUGACCCAGAGUCCUUCCUCUUUUCUUCUUCUGCUGGAUAGAAGGCACAUGUGAUGGUUACCAUGGCAAGUGAACCCAUCAUGAUGGCACCCAUUUGUCUAGUGGAAAACCAGGAAGAGCAGCUGAACCUGAAUCCAGAAGCAUUACAGAUUCUUAAUAAGAUUUCUCAGCCUGUGGUGGUGGUGGGCAUUGUAGGGCUGUAUCGGACUGGAAAAUCCUACCUGAUGAACUGCCUGGCAGGACAGAACCAUGGCUUCCCCCUGGGUUCCACAGUGAGGUCUACAACCAAGGGUAUUUGGAUGUGGUGUGUACCCCACCCCUCUAAGCUGAACCACACCCUGGUCCUUCUGGACACUGAGGGUCUAAGUAACUUGGAAAAGGAAGACCCUAAGAAUGACUCAUGGAUCUUUGUCCUGACUGUGCUUCUGAGCAGCACCUUGAUCUACAACAGCAUGGGCACCAUCAACAGCCAGGCCCUGGAGCAGCUGCACUAUAUGACUGAACUAACGCAGCUGGUCAGGGCAAAGUCCUCCUCAGACUACACUGGGGUAGAGGACUCUGCCAAGUUUGUGAGUUUCUUUCCAGACUUUAUUUGGGCUUUACGAGAUUUCACAUUGGAGAUGAAGAUAAAUGGAUACUCCGUAACUGAAGAUGAGUACCUGGAGGAUGCCUUGAAGCUGCUUCCAGGCACAAAUCCCAAAAUCCAAAAUUCCAACAUGUCCAGAGAGUGUAUCAGACAGUUCUUUCCAAAACGGAAGUGCUUCAUCUUUGACCGGCCUACAAAUGACAAAAAUCUCUUAGCCCAUAUUGAGAACGUGCCAGAAGACCAGCUGGACAGUAGUUUCCGGGAGCAAUCAAACAAAUUCCGUACCUAUGUUUUCACUCAUACAAAGACCAAGACCCUACGAGAGGGAAUCAUUGUCACUGGGAACCGGCUGGAGACUCUGUUGAAAGCCUAUGUGGUUGCCAUCAAGACGGGAGAAGUUCCUUGCUUGGAGAAUGUGGUGACAGCUCUUGCCCAGCGUGAGAACUCAGUGGCCGUGCAGAAGGCAGCCGACCACUACAGCGAGCAGAUGGCCCAACGAGUGAGCUUCCCCACAGACACGCUCCAGGAGCUGCUGGAUGUGCAUACAGACUGUGAGAGGGAAGCCAUUGCAGUCUUCAUGGAGCAUUCCUUUAAGGAUGACAAGCAGGAGUUCCAGAAAAAUCUCAUGGACAUGAUAGAAAAAAAGAAGAAAGAUUUCUUGCUGCAGAAUGAAUACACAUCUAUUAAAUAUUCCCAGGCAAAGCUUCAGCAACUUACAGAGCCCCUGAUGAAAAGCAUCUCAACAGGAACUUUCUGUGUUCCUGGAGGACACAGUCUCUACUUAGAAGCAAAGAACAAGGUUGAAUGGGACUAUAACCUAGUGCCCAGGAAAGGGGUUAAGGCAAAUGAAGUUCUCCAGCACUUCUUACAGUCCCAAGUGGCAAUAGAGAAAUCCAUCCUGCAGGGAGACAAAGCCCUCACCUGUCAAGAGAAGGCGCUCGCAGCUGAGCGGGCUAAGAAGGAGGCAGCUGAGAAGGAGCAGGAGCUGCUAACUCAGAAACACAAGGAGCAGCUGCAAAAAAUGGAGGCUCAAGAGAGAGGCUUCAGGGAAAACAUAGCCCAACUGAGAGAGAAGUUGGAGAAGGAAAGAGAAAGUCUUCAGAGAGAACAGGAAAAAAUGCUGAUACACAAGCUGAAGGUCCAAGAAGAACUUUGUAAUGAGGGAUUUGAAAAGAAAUCUGAGAAGUUGCGUAGAGAGAUACAGCUACUAAAAAAAGAGAUUGUGGCAAAUAAAGAUAAAUAUUUGUUGGGUCAGUGGAUUAUUGAUGUGACUGAUGGAGUAUUCAGUAAAGAAACGCCGGAUCAUACUGAGCGGGCUAAGAAGCAGGCAACUGAGAAGGAGCAGGAGCUGCUAACUCAGAAACACAAAGAGCAGCCACAAAAAAUGGAGUCUCAAGAGAGAAGCUUCAGGGAAAACAUACCCCAAAUGAGAGAGAAGUUGGAGAAGGAAAUAGAAAGCCUUCUGAGAGAGCAGGAAAAAGUGCUGAUGCACAAGCUGAAGAUACUAGAAGCUUCCGGUUUCCAGCGACAAAAAGCACAGAUUCCCUGAGGAUAUCAUUGUGUGUGAUGAUUUUUAUCAGCUGAAGAAUUGCAUCAAAUAGAUUGAUGGCCUGAAACUGCUUAAAGUCUGCAUUUCCAGGAACUCGAUGUGGUUUAGGAUAUCAUCAGUUUGGGGCUCCUUCUUCUUAUGUUUCAGGAUGCUAAAUGGGACUCUUCUGUUAGGGGUCCACUAAGUGUCCUGGACUGAGAACACUAGGUGCCAAAUAACUAAUUCCCAAGCAAGGUGCCACAUCAGCUUUUACAGUUAGGUUAAACUCAAGACAGUAGAAGAAAAAUAAUAUGAUUAUAUCAAUUAAUGAAGAAAAAGCAUUUGACAAAAGUCUAACACUCACUCGUGAUGAAACCUUUCACAAAUUAGGAAUAGUGGGGUAUUUCCUCAAUUUGAUAAAGAAUAGCUGACAAAAACCUACAAGCAUACUUAAUGGUGAAAAGCUAGAUGCUUUCCCGUAAGAUUAGGAACAAGGCAAUGAUGUCUGCUUUCACUUCUAUUGAACAUCAUACUGGAAGUCCUAAUGAAAUAAGACAAGAAAAGAAAAGGAAAGAUAUAUAGAUUUUUUUUUAUGUAGAAAGUCUCAAAACAUCAUCAACAACAACAAAAAAUUCCUGGCACUAAUAAGUGAUUAUAGCAAGGUUGCAGGAUACAAGGUUUACAUACAAAAAUCAAUUGCUUGCUUAUACAUCAGCAAUGAACACGUGGAAUUUGAAAUUAAUAACACAAUAUCAUUUAUGUUAGCACUCCUGAGAAAGAAAUACUUAGGUUAUACAUCUGAAAAAAAAAUAUGUGUAAGGUCUAAUGAAGAAAAUAACAACUCUGUUGAAAGAAAACAAAGAAAAUCUAAAUAAAUGGGAACACUCGGUA